AUGGUUGGCAUCAUGAAGCUCUGGACAUCUCUACUCAUGACAUUCCUCUGUAUGGAACUACUGUCUGUGCUGGGAGGAGUUAAGGAAAAUCGAGUCCCAGGGGAUGAAAGACUCAUUGAGGAGUGCUGGGGAAGUCCAAAUAUCCGGGACUGUGCCAAGAAGUGUAGUACCACCUUGAAAUGUGGAAACAUGAAUCGCACAUGCUGUUGGACCUAUUGUGGAAACAUCUGUUAUAAAGCUAUAAAAAUCCAUACAAGACAUCUAAAACCCUAA